AUGGCCGCGAGCGCGCGCACCCGCCGACGACUGAGCGGCCGCGCGGCCGCGCCGCGUCUGCUGCAGGCGGCGGCGGCGGCAGCGGCGGCGACGUCGGCGAGUGGCACGCGGGACUCCGAGCCGGCGGCCGCCGACUUGGAGAACAUCCUCAAGGAGAUGACCCAGGUGCUGCCGCCCCUCACGGCAAUCGCCACCCCCCGCAAGGAGCCCGACUGCAAGUUCACCUUCCACGACGCGAUCGCCGACCCCAUCAUGGCUCCGCUGCCCAGUGCCGCCGCGCCGCUCCGACCCGCGCCCGCACUCACGGCGUCCACGCGACUCGGCGGCGGCGGCGGCUUCGCACACGCGCCGCCCAGCCUCCUCGCGCCGGGGCUGCUGCUUGCGACGGACCUGGACGCCGACUUGCAGCUGUCCACCGACAGCGAUGACGGCGAGCGGGUGCCCGCGCCGCCCCCGCGCCCGCCCGCCCGCAGCACCAGCAGCGAGAGCAGCAGCUCCAGCAGCAGCUCGAGUGAGGGGGGCCGCCUCGGCCCCGGCCCCUCUGCUGCCGCCGCCGCCGCCUCUGCCGCCGCCUCCGCCUCCGCCGCUCAGGAACACCCGCUCGGGCGUGGCGUCCUGGGCGCCGCUUCCGCCGCGGCCGCGGGGGGGAGCGCCGACGCGGGCAGCGACUGUGACAUGAUGAACGUGGAGAUGGCGCCUGCGCCCGACCUCCUGGCUCCGCUGGUGUCCCCGCCGCCGCCCAUCGUGUCUCCGCCUCCCCCGCCGCCCCCCGCGCAACACCGGCCGGCCCCAGCCCGCCCGCCCCGCCACGCCCUAACACCUCUCCAGCGCUCGGACCGCCCUCGGCUCCGACAGCGAGUCCACUCGGAGUCGUCGGCCCAGCUCCCGCCGCCGCACACAGCGACCGGGCCCGGCGCCCGUGCUGCGGUCGGCGGGGCGCAGCGCCUGCCGUCCCCGCGCGCGUCGCCCCCUGGCCGCAGCCGCGUCGCGCCCCCCGCCACCCGCCACGUCGCCGCUGCUUGCCUCGGCGGCUGCCCUCACCCCCCGGCCCCCGCCGCUCGCCAUAGGAAAGACCGCCCAAGCGCUAACCUCGAGGCUUCUGCCAAGCCG